CGGCUCCUGCUGCACAACGACGACGUCCACACCUUCGAGUACGUGACCUACAUGCUCCAGAAGAUCAUCCCGACGAUCUCCAACGCCAAGGCCUACCAGCUGACGAUGACGACGCACUGCGAGGGCGUCUCGACGGUAUCGCAGACGGCGAAGCCGCUCGCGCAAAAGUACUGCGUCCAGCUCCAGAAGGGCGGCCUCACGGCCUCCAUCUCGCCGGACAGCAAUUUCAAGAACAACAGGAGCGGCGGCGAA